AUGGCCGCCGCAAUCGACUACGCCUGCUUUCCGCACAUCUUUGUCGAGGUGGCGGCACAGUGCGACACUCACACGCAAAACAAGCUUCGCUUCCUGUCCCGCCAGGCAAAACGGGAUGUCGACCGUCUCCAAGGGCACACUACAUUCCCUCUCGUCUUCGCUGGUGUCUUGGCUCAGUGUGAUUUCGACUUCAAAACUCAGAACAAACUGCGUCUACUGUCCUCUUGGGCUAAGCGCGAGGUGGACCGCCACCAGACGUACCGGUGCACCUUCUCUGUCCAACUGCCGACUGAAGAGGGAGAGGCUAUCGUCAAGUUUCCGCCUCCUCGUGGAGGCUCGUUCAUCCUUUCGGUUCCCUUCCAGUUUUCCCCAACAUGGGCAAUACCCGUGUUCUGGACUGCUGAAAAGGAGGCAGCGCGCGCGGCGGACUAUAUAUCUCUGGAUAGUCUCGUGGACGAGGCCUUUGCUCUGAGACAUCGGGCCCAUCGGGUGGAGGUCGACUUUGACUCUUUCUGGUGGGACCACCUUGCAACGGUGAUGGCGAAGGAAGGCAAGGUCAGGUACGACAGUCCAAUGAAGACCCUCGAGACAGCGACCACCUUGGAACUGCUUCACUAUGGCAGAUACGAUCUGGCUAUAUUCCGCCAGCUCGACAUGGUGUUUCCUGAUCCCCCAGACGCCGUCAUACCACCCUCUGUUGAGAAAAUAGUCGUCUUCAACAUGAGAGAAGAGUGCACCUGCCACUAUCGUCUCAGGCACUCGUGCCGCAUCAUUCACUUCGAGUUCGAAGAUGACCUGCCCUGUCUUGAUGACAUUGGCGUUUGCCAAAUGUCCCUCGACCUCGUUACCCCUAGCGUCGAAGAACUCAAACUGAAAGUAUACCAGAGUCAGGAAGCCUCUGUCUACCUUGAAGCAAUCUCAAGCAAGCCCCUCAACCCGCACCUCUCGGUCUCCGUGGUGGCGGUCUGCGAAGAAGAACUCGAAGAUCCCAAACCAGCUGUCAGAGGCACUGAGCUACUCCAAAGUUGGAGCGAUAUGCUGAAAGUACCGGUGACAUUGGAAACGUACCCUUGGAAAGUCUGGUAUGAAAUGAGGUUCUGA